AUGACUCAGGGGCUCCUCCCUCCAUUCCCUUCUCUGAAGAACCCUAAUUUCCCCCGUGUUCACUGCUUCACACCCACCAAUAAUUUCAAUCUUUCACCAAAGAGCCUCCAAUUCAGCCACACCCAUUUCAAAUAUUUCUUCAAGGGCCCAAAGUUCCUGUCUUUCAACCACUCAGAAAGUAAAAAUGCUCACUUUCAGACCCUUCGUUCUGAUAGAUUAGAAGACUCCAAUAAAGAGACCGUAAAGGCAGUUUUGGACACGGAGGAAGGGGAUGGCGGCGGCGGAGGCGGCGGCGAUGGUGGUGAUGGAGAUGAUGACAAUGUGGAGAAGAGUAGUGGGUUAUUGCCAGAAUGGCUGAAUUUCACUUCCGAUGACGCCAAGACAGUUUUCGCAGCAUUGGCCAUAUCACUUGCCUUUAGGUCUUUUGUAGCUGAGCCUAGAUAUAUUCCUUCGCUGUCUAUGUAUCCCACAUUUGAUGUUGGAGAUAGGAUUGUAGCUGAAAAGGUCUCCUAUUAUUUCAGGAAGCCCUGUCCCAAUGAUAUUGUAAUCUUCAAAAGCCCACCAGUUCUUCAGGAAGUUGGAUACACAGAUGAAGAUGUAUUUAUUAAACGGAUUGUUGCAAAAGAAGGUGAUAUUGUGGAGGUUCAUGAUGGAAAACUGAUUGUAAACGGGGUUGUCAGGAAUGAAGAUUACAUUCUUGAAGUACCCAAGUAUGAAAUGAAUCAAAUUCGUGUACCUGAGAACUCUGUUUUUGUGAUGGGUGAUAAUCGAAAUAACAGCUAUGACUCGCAUGUCUGGGGUCCCCUUCCUUCAAAGAAUAUAAUAGGGAGAUCGGUGUUUCGAUAUUGGCCUCCGACCAGAGUUGGCGGUACAAUUCUUCCAGAUGGCUGCAACAUUGAAAAACAGGAGAGUAGUUUAGCUUCUCACUGA